AAGCAUUUCAUUGCUAUACCGCGUGACCUAAAGUCACGCACUCAUAUGACCGAGGUAAGUACACCUAUAGUAUCUCAUCCCAAAGAGGCUUCAUUGGAAAGUGUAUCAGCAAAUAAUAUCUCUCGAGAAACUAAGAUCCCAUCCACACCUCAGUCAUUAUGUCCAGCAUGCAAGUCGAGUCAUAGGGAUGAGAAAAGUAUAAGAGGUAGAUAUGAAGCUGAAUCUUAUUUUAUUGAAUGUGGACAACAAGAAAUUGAAAUAACUGU